AUGUCAGAUCUGGUGGAUCAAUGUCCUCUACCAGAGCUCGCAGAAGCUUUGAGACCAUACAUCAAACCGCGGGAGGAAAUUGCUGAGAUACGACGUGGCAUAGACUCACUCCUGAGCCAACACAUCAAGGAUGACAAUAUUCCAAUUUCGAAAGUGACACUGUCUAUUGCCGAGACAUCUGCACAAUCUGCACUGAACAGUCCUUUCAACGGAGCACGAAGAGCUUUCAUGCAAGCACUUAUAGCCCGUCAAAAAGCACAAUCUCAGUACGAUGUUCUGAAAGCGGAAUUGGAUCUCCUGCAGCACACUCCCACGGAAAAGGAAAAUCACGAGAAAGAGAACUCAGUAGCCACAACUGUAGCGCUCAUUCGGCAAAGACAGCGACGAGACAAGCUUUUAGUCAUCGACAAGGCACUGGACGAUCUGGAAAAGGUCAGGCACACUUCACAAUAUGCGGAUCCGAGCGAGCUAUUGAAUGGAAUGCAAUCACAAAUACCACCACCUCUUGCGCAACAAUCCCAGGAUGAGUCACUAGCGGAGGCGCAGUCUCAUGUGUUCGAGCUGCAGAAGGCUGUUCUGCGCGCGCAGAGCACUAUCCAGUCAACACCACGCAUUGAUUCUUCUCAGAAGCCCGUCACGGAAGAGUGGAAACAAGCGUAUGCGCUUCGACGAGCCCGAGACGAGUUGAUCGCCUGGAUCGAAGAUGAGCUUGCAAAGUUGUCGGAGGGCGAAGAGCAUGAUGACCCUGAUCCGGACAUGCCAGGAGACAUCGGAGCAGAGUCAAUGGAAGAUAUUAAGACAACUCUUUCAGAUCUCUACAACAAGUACAUUACUUCACGAAAACGCCUUGCCCGUGUCCUGAACACCCAAUACACGGAGACCGACUCGGAAAUCAUGAAGCCACUUCCUGAAAGACAACAAUCAGCGAGCAGCAACACAUCGUCACAUAGUGCUGCACUUGCCUCAGAAGUUCUGCCUUUUAUCGGCAUCCUACGAUCGACCGCACAGGAAGAAGCAGCCUUGAUGCAACAUACUUCUUACCUACGGCGACAAAUUACCGCUGUUUCGGCUGAGACAGAGCAACUACUGGUUCGCCUGUCAGACGAAAGUCACAUGGUCAGACCAGGUACAUCACACACUACUGCCUGGGCCGAAGCAGCGAGAGAUGCAAGAAAUGGCGAUAAAGACAUUAUCCACUCUCGUUUGGUAACUGGAGAAACAAGCAUUGAUGGUGCAAGGAAAGUUUUGGCUUCGGCUCAGAUGAGCAGGUAA